AUGGCGCACUCUCACCUAGCGUACAUCCGCCUCAAAGCCGUCAUCUCGGCGCUGCGUUACUUUGACGGGGAGAAGCCGGCGCCGAAGCAGCCUGAUGAGGUCUUUGCGAUCACGGGGAGAGAUGGGAAGAGGGUGAUUAGGGUCCAUGUUUACCGCCCUGAUAACGCAAGCACGCCCACACCGGUGCUGAUCAACUGGAACGGCGGCGCCUUCGUCUUCGACGCGCACGGCGCCGACGAGGCCUUCUGCCGGCACGUCGCGCGGCACACGCCGUUCACGGUGCUCGACGCGAGCUACGCGCUGGCGCCGGAGGAGCCGUUCCCCGCCGCGGUGGAGGAUGCGCAGGACGUGGUGGCGCAUGUGGUUUCGCGGAGGGGGGCGUAUGAUGUGGGCAGGGUGGUGUUGUGCGGCUUCAGCUCGGGGGGCAAUCUGGCGCUGGCGGUGGCGGCAGCGGUAGGAACAGAAGGGGGUGACAAGGUGAGGGGCGUGGUGGCGUUCUACCCGCCGACGGAGAUGCGCACGCAUCCGGCGGAGAAGAGGAUGCUUGACGGGAGGGUGGAGGAUAUGCCGGCGGUGCGGAGGGCGGUGAUGGGGAUGUUUCGGGAGGCGUAUUUGAGCGGCGGGGAGGCGGAGGCCGGGGACGCGAGGGCUUCGCCAUCACCACUGGAAGACACCGGAGUCGUUCUCGAAAGCCAGAACGUCACCGCCGAGUUCUUCAUCGGAGCUCCUGCUCAAGCUCAGACUCUCCCGAAGAAGACUCGUUACAUCCCAAACGUUGUUGGCUUCCACCAGGACGGCGGCAACACCAGAACCAACGACUGGAACGGCCCCCUCGGCACAUCGCCAAACGUCUCCAGCCGUUCUGUCGCCAUUUCCGCUCAGUACUGGCACAGCGACAACCGCCUCACGGCGCGCUCCGUCUGCACCGAUGCCGCGGAGCCCUAUUUCUGCAUCGCGGCAUUUGACCCGGACUCCAUGGACAUGCUGGGAUCCUGGGCCCCUGAAGGCCAGACCCUGCUGUCCCCGUACGCCGCAGUUUCCGGAGACACAGUCAUUCUGCCGACGAUGGAAAGGCACAUUUUCCAAGUCGAGCGUGUUGAUGGGACAAACUCCACGACGUUCAACCAGGUCCGAGACAUUGACCUCACUGCCGUCAUCCCUCAAGGUCAUGGUGUCGUGAGCAGCUAUCUCGACGAGGAUGAGAACAUAUGGUUCACAUCAGUCGCUCUCAUGACCACCGGCACCGCCGAAGAUGCCUCACGUCUCGGGUACAUCACCCCCAACGGAACAGUCCACACCAUCGCCAUCGACGGCCAACGAAUCGAAAACUCGAUCGCCGUAAGCGGAAGAACAGUCUACCUCAACACCGGACCUCUCGCGUCCGACACCGCACGAAGCACCGUCGGCCACAUGUUCGCCUUCCGCGCGGACGCAAUCGACGGGCACAUCACAGCUCUGUGGAAUACGACCUAUGACGCGGGCAGCGCUCCCAAGCCCGGCGGCUUCUCGCAAGGCUCUGGGUCGACACCGGCCCUCAUCGGAGACAGAUACGUCGCCAUCACCGACAACGCCGACGUGCAAGUCAACCUGCUGAUAUACCGCCAAGUCGAUGCCAGCGCAGAGGGCCUCGCAGACAGCCAGGCGCCGCUGGUCUGCGUGGUCCCGCUGUUCCAGCCCAACGGCAGCGCGAACGAGAACGCCAUGGUCGGCUACUUUGACGGGUCGACGUACAGCGUGCUCGUGAACAACAACCACGGCGCGCCGGAGCUGCAGGACCUCGGCGCGGCGGAGGACGUCAACGGGGCGUUCAACGACUUCGCGCCGCUGGCGCCGGGGAUCACGCGCGUGGACGUCGCUGCGGACGGGAGCUGCGCGGUGCGCUGGGCGCUGGACGUGCGGUCGACGAGCGUGCUGAGCCUGUCGACGGCGAACGGGCUGGUGUACUCCUACACGCAGGACGAAGAGCUCGCGGGCCGGGGGCUGUAUGUGUGGUACUUCACGGCGAUCGAUUUCUGGACCGGAGAGGUUGUCUGGCGGAUCCGGGCGGGGGCUGGGGGGCGGUAUAAUAAUAAUGUGGCGCCGACGCAGAUGUCGCCGAAUGGAGCGAUUUACCAGGUCGUUGCGGGAGGCGUAACUUGGCUGAGGGAUGAUUAG